AAAUUAAUUAAUACUGUUCCUAUAUUAUGUAUUCUAUACACAGUUUGUAUGAUCUGCAAACCUUUGUUCCCCAAUAGGGUUCUCGAGAAUUUAGAGAUCACUGAAUUCUCUCAAACUUUUGCCUUGCCUCCCAUCACAGUCAACUUUCUUUCUACUUUGCCUCUCAAUUUCAUAGGCUUUUUAAAGCAAUAUUUCUUCCAGUUUGCCUCAUACUUUUUAUUAGUUUUUCAUCAUAGCAAUCUUACGGACGUUUUCAUAGAGCAACGCCGCUUUGUGACCAAGGCGCUGGACUUCCGCGACAUGUAACAAUGUGUCCAGAUCAGUUGCAGCCGAUUCCAUUCUGUGAUAUGGUGUUUAUCGCGUUAGCGCGGCGCAGUGCUGGAGAUACCGCCGAAGAGAAAGACAAGGGACACGGAAGAGAGAGCACCGGGGCUCCUUUCCCCCCCCUCCAGCUGCACACUGGCGGUCAGUGGCAUGGCAACCGCCAAAGGCCGGAUUGUUGUUUUUAGUUGAUCGUUCUCCUCGCUCCAGCGGUGUCUGUUGCCAGUCGUCGGCUGAACGCUGACCAAAUCGCAUCCUCGUUGAUCCUCGACUCUGAACACGCGCGAAUCACCUGUGAAUAAGUGCUACAGACCGAGUGAUAAGUCCCUCAGUGCGUUUGUUUGUUCUUCACAACCUCAAGGACUCACUUUGUAAUCUUCUACUGUUGAAGCCAGCAUCUCUUCUUUCACCGGCAAGUUGGCUUGUCGAAGAAUCCCAUGUGGAUUUAUUGGUGAUGAAUGGUGCUAGCAGUGGAGCCGAUUUAGUAGGAUUGUGGCGAUUGGAACAGCACCGCAUCACAUGGCGGUGCGUCUCACCCAGCUCUGCUUGUUAGUGCUGUCUCUCACUAGUUGUGCACUUUUUACUCAAGGAUGUCAGUUCUACCCUCCGGGAGAGUACCUGCGGUUUGUAAGGGUCUCGGAGAGUCUGAAAGUUGGUGGAGAAGUGCUCCAGGUUGAGGUGCAUCCUCGGCGUAACCUCUCCAUUCAGCCAGUUGACAAAACUGACGAUGUGCGGUUCUUCAAGUACGUUUCAGUGAAUAGAACUGUAGUAUCAAUAAGACUGGCUCAGUCUCUGGAGGAUUUGGUUGACCAACAAGUUCCCCAAAAUGUGCUCAAAUUUCGACUGGUAUGCGACUACUUGGACUCGGAGGAUGUUAUAACAUCUUACCUGUCAGUAACAGUAUACGUUGAGGAUGUGAAUGACCAUCAUCCGAUAUUUGUUGACGCUCCAUAUCAAGUAACAGUGGAUGAAUUAACUCCAAUAGGUAUCACCUUAUUCAGAGGCAUUCAGGCAAUCGACAGAGAUAAACCGAAUACUCCAAACUCGGAAAUCCAUUACUCAGUUCUGGCUGGUAACGAGAAAGGCAAAUUUGGCAUUGAUGGCGGAGCCAGGGCAUCUUUGGUUCUGCGGAACCCUUUGGACUAUGAUAUGGGAGAUACCAACUUCCUACUCACAAUUAUAGCUUCUGACCGAGGAUCACCUCCGAAAAACUCAACAACCACAAUCAAGAUUACAGUCACAGACAGCGAUGAUUUGAACCCACGUUUCACUCAUGAUGUUUAUCGUACUCAGAUUACGGAGUUCUACCCAGUGACUGGCAAACGCAUCCAUCAUGAGCUGACUUUUGUACCGCAAAUAAAAGCAUACGAUCAGGAUCUAGCCAUAAAUGCUUCGGUUCGUUACGAUUUGAUUGCUGGAAACGAUCGCAAACUAUUCACGGUGGAUCCCAACAAUGGAUCCAUAUUCCUCGAGAGGGAACUCGACUUGGAUACUUUGCCCAGCAAUACAUUUACACUUCAGAUUCAAGCAUCACAAGUGGACAAUGCUCUGAAAGCUGGAGUUGCGCAAGUUGAAAUUGAACUGCUUGACAUAAACGACAAUCAGCCACAGUUUGAAGUUGAUCUCUACAACAUCAGCAUCGUUGAAAAUCUUCCCAACGGAUUCAGUGUCUUGCAAGUGGUCGCCACCGAUCAGGAUCAGGGUGACAAUGCAGAAUUUGUGUACCACCUGGUAGAUCCUAGCCAGGCAUUCAGUAUUGACAGCAGGACUGGAUGGCUGACAGUCAGGAAUCAAGCCAAGCUGGACAGAGAACAGCAAACCUCGUUAACGAUGAAAGUGCUUGCCAGGGAAAAGCUUCCUUCUGUUGUUACUCCACCCAGUGAUUCAUCAGUGAAGGUUGACGUGACAUUAUUGGAUGCCAAUGACAACACGCCGUCAUUCAUCCCCAACAAUAUAUAUGAAUUUAUAGUUUCGCCUGACGUUGAAGAGGGCGCUCACAUCGGAACAGUGGAAGCUGUGGAUCCAGACUUGGGACGCAACGGUAUGGUGUUGUAUGAACUGCAGAGGGGUAACGUCUCUGAUAGUCUACCGCAAUACUUCACAAUCAACGUGAGAUCAGGGAAGAUAACGGCCAGUAAGACGCCUUUGCCAGUGGGACGACACAGUUUGUUCGUUGAAGCCUCGGAUCAGCCUGUCAAUCCAAGUGAAAGGAGGUUUUCACUGGCGGUUGUUACUGUUGAAGUUGUGUCUUCAAUACCAAAUCAUGGAACACCGGAAUUCGUCGGUGCUCCUUACGAGUUUUGGGUUGGCAGCGAUGUGAGCAUUGGCACCAGCGUCGGUCAAAUCAGAAUCACUGAUUUCAAGGAUCGGCACAAACUUGUCUACGACUUACUUCACAGCUAUCACGAGGGAGUGCCCUUCGCUGUUGAGGAGCAUUCAGGAACGAUAACAGUGGUUGACGCCAUGUCCAAGUAUGACAGAGUGGAGUACGACUUUGAAGCGGUUGUCUCAGAUGAGAAGCUUCUCACCCUUGUUACAAAUGUCACCAUACAUGUCGUUCAUAUGGACUCGAUUUUCGCUGCAAACACGAAUGAGCCAAUGCAAGUACAGUUCCGAGUGAGAGAGAACCUGUCCGGGGCACUGGUGGGUCAACUGGCCGGUCGCAAUCAGACCAGAGUUCUGUGGAAGCCUGUGCGAUUCGUGAUCGCCAAUCAGCCCGACAUCACCGAGCAGUUCGCCGUCUCGCAAGAUGGAACGAUCUACACGCAACGAUCUCUCGACAGAGAAUACAGGGAAUCGUAUCAGCUGACUAUUCUUGCUGAAGGCAUAAGAGGUAGAACGCGUACCGGAGGACUCUAUCAAGUGCAAGUAAUUGUCGAGGAUGAGAACGACAACGCACCGGUGUUCGAGCGACCGUGGUACUCGGGACGAGUGCCGGAGAACUGCGCAGCUCACUGCGCACUCAGCAUGGAGCACAAGAUCCGCGCUCGCGACGCCGACGCCGGCAACAAUGCCCAGUUCACUCUCGCCCUCCAUGGCGAGGACGCCGACAAGUUCUCGCUUGACAGAGACACAGGCGUCGUCUCCGUCCGGGCGCCUCUCGACAGGGAAACCAAGGAGUCGCACAAGUUGUGGAUUGUCGCCACUGAUAGAGGCAACCUGAGCUCAGAAGUAAGACUGACGGUCUACGUUGACGAUGUGAACGACAAUGCGCCGAAGUUCGUGCAGAUGAAAGUGCACCCUAGCUCGGACAUUGAGCUCUCGAGGCGUUCGUCAAGUGGAGUCAUGAUAGUUGUCGGCAACAGGACGGUGAGCGACAUCACUCCCGAGCUGCGCAAUGUCACUUUCGCCGAGCAACUGCUGCCUGUAGUAUCCAUCCCGGAAAGUUUGAUUGUUGGCUCCGAUGUGAUCCAGCUGUUAGCUGUUGACAAGGACAAGGGCGAGAAUGCUUCCAUCACCUACCAUCUGUUUCAUGAAACGAUAAUUUCGGAAAGUACCAGUCCAGAUACAAAAUUUACACCUCAGCACUUCAGUGUCCACCACUCGGGAAGUGUGUCUGUUGCGACACUGCUCCCACCGCAAACCGAGUUUAGACUGAAUAUUUCUGCCAAGGAUGGAGGUGGCCUUGAAGGAUUCAUUGUGGCUAGAAUCAGGGUUAGAGACAUCAACAACAAUGCUCCAACUUUCGAUAAAUACCAGUAUGAAUUUGAAGUUCUGGAAGGACUGUAUUCGGACUCUAUCAUAGGGAGGAUAAAUGCUGUCGAUGCAGAUUUCGGGGAGAAUGCAAAACUAACUUAUAAAAUACUACAGAAGCGGAAAGAGUUGAAGUCGUUCCCGUUCAAGAUUUCAAGAGACGGUGCGAUAAUUGCGAAUGGGGAUUUGGAUAGAGAGCAGCAGGAGAGGUAUGUGUUCAGAGUGAUGGCUCAGGAUAAUGGACCUCCGGGACACCAACUGCGGAGCACAACUGAAGUGGUGAUUAAAGUACUGGAUGCAAACGAUAAUGUGCCCGAGUUUCACGGCUAUGACCGAAUUGUCCACACUGUGAGAUCUAGUCUAGACGGUGAACAUGACCCAACGAACAGAUUCGAGGCAUCGAUAGCAUUACCAGUCUAUCUAGCGACAGUUGUGGAGAGCAGUCCUCCCGGUAUCCCUGUGCUACGAAUCUAUGCCAACGACUCUGACUCUCCAGUCAACGGCAAUGGCAUGAUACUCUUCCACAUUCCAAAGAAAAACAACUCACCGCAACUUUUCAGCAUCGAUUCGAAAGAAGGCAUCGUCACGACGACUUCGACCCUCGACUAUGAGCAUGAGCAGAAGCACAAUGUGACGAUUGUGGCCUCCGACCUCGGUCACCCCAGUCUCAGCUCGACUGCUCUGCUCAUUGUUUCCGUGAUUGACGUGCCAGAACUGGCAGAGGAGUUGACGGGGCCGAUCUUCACUCACAGAUAUUACGAACUUGAGGUGGAGGAGAAUUGUGUCACACCACUAGCCCUGAUUUCGUUGAACGUGAGUGAUCACUACCGUCGACAAGGCAUGAAGUUCACGAUCAUCCCGUCAGAGUUCAGCAACAUGUUCUCAGUCGACCCAGCCAAUGGCACGGUCUACCUGACAGUUAGCCCCGACCGGGAGAGUGUCGACCAGGUCUCGGUCACCAUAAGGGCGCAGCCCGCCAAAAGGGGCCGCACCUUCCCCAAAAUGGUCUACCCGGUUCAUCUAACCGAUCUAGCUCCUAAUGAAGUGAAGGUUGUGCUGAAGAUACGCGAUGUGAAUGAUAACUCUCCAGUAUUCUCCCUGAAUGGGCGCCCAUUGGUAGCAGCUAUCCCCACCUCAGCCAACUACGGCUAUCCCAUAGCCAGACUUCAUGCAACAGACGUGGACUUGGGUGCAAGCGGCGAGAUCAGGUACCAGAUGCUGGGAGGCGAGGCGGGGCACUUCGCGGUGGACGCGGUGAGCGGACAAAUCCGCGCGGCAGCCAGCUUCGCGCACCACGCGGGGCGCGUCUUCGGCUUCGACGUCAAGGCCACCGAUCUUGGCGGGUCGCCCGACGGCCGAUCCGCCAUUGCUAACGUAUUUGUGUAUGUUCUUGAUGAGAGCAAACGGCUUGUGAUGGUGAUGAAUGCCAAGCCUAUUGAUGUGGAAAGACACUCCGAAAAUAUUACAUGGGUGCUGUCCAACAUCACUGGCCUAGAUGUUCGAGUGAGGAAGAUUGAGCCACAUCAUGAAGAUCAUGAGUUUAACGAUGCGACUGAUCUGUAUUUGUAUGCUGUUGAUCCAAUGAUGAACGUCAUUCUUGAAACUGAGGAGUUCAAUGAGAUGCUGAAUGCAAAGCAAAGUGAGAUUCGCAGAGUGCUGGAGCCUUAUCGCAUCCUGGAAACAAUGACUGACAAGGAGAGCUCGCCAACAGUGAGCACCCGCCGCAACAACGCACCUCUGCUCACUGGCCUCGAGGUCGUCACCAUCGUUCUCGGAUGCAUCGUCUUCCUCGGAGCAUUCACUGCUGCCAUCUGUGUGGCAUGCCUGCACAAAAACAAGAAAAAUCUGGACUCAAAGUACCCGCCGGCGACGAUCGACCUGAGCCUGCGUCCUAAGAUGCACAUGGACUGCAAGCCGCGCUCGCUGUUCCACCCGAACGCGUUCGUCGAGGACUCGACCGAGUACGGCGGCUCGAACCGAGGCUCCAACUCGGACUGCACGCGUGCACAUCGCGCACACGGCCACCAACAUGCGCCCACUUGCAUGCGCCACCACUCGCGACAGCAGCGGCGUCGGCCAUCGCAGCGACACAAGAGCGGCGGACUGUUGGAGGUAUCGCUCGCGUCGCUCCACUCUAGCGCGCGCGACAGUGGCAUCGGCGACACGCGACGCAGUCCACGCGGGCGCUGUCCUUGCGGACACUCGUCCACUCACUCGUCAGCAAAUAGCAGCAAUGGCAGCUACGAGGACUCGCUAAAGUCGCUGCACCGCCAUCACAGCCAGAGCAGCGGCGGCAGCGGGGAGCACACCCACUGCAGUCACAGUCACAGCCACGAGGGCAACCGGGCCACGCCCCCCAUGCUGGUGCGCAGGCCCAGCGAGCGACUGCUUGUUCCACGGUAGUCAACGACAGCAAUCCAAGCCACUGAUAACGAAUGCUUAGACCCCAACUAUACGGGCGGAAUAGACGCGCUGAAUUUAUUUCGCGCUUUGACACUUUUAACUGUCAAUGAAAGCCACUAAUCUUAUUUAUAAGGAAUGCUCGCACCCCAACUGUACGGGCGGAAUAGACGCAUUGAAUUCAUUCCGAGCGUCUUUAGAAUGCAUGGGAUUGGUUGCACAAAAGCCUGUCAAAUUUGAACCGUGAUUAAAUAGCUUGAGAACCAAUCAGAGAAGCCUCCUUCUCAAAGAAGCAUUCUCUGAUUGGUUCUCGUGCCAUUUAAUUGCGGUUAAAUGAUCCGUUUAAUGUUGUAUUAUGUAUAAAUUAUCCGUUGUAUUGUGUUGGAAAUUAUUGUAUUGUGAAGGCGGCGAAAUGGGUUUCUACCUAUUGUCUCCAUGAAUAAAUUAAUAAAUUAAUCACGGUUUAAUCAUAGAAGCCUCCUUUUCAAAGAAGCCUUUUAUGAUUGGUUCUUGUGCCAUUUAAUCACGGUUCAAAUUCAACAAGCUUUUGUGCAACUGGGCCAUGACCUCUUGGGAAUUGUCAAUUUCGCUCGUAUAGUUUACCCCUUAAGAUACAUUCUGUACACCCCCUUAAGAGACAAAAUUCAUCCUGUUGACGAGUGAAGAGAAUUCAGCGCGUCUUAGACGCCCGUAUAGUUUUGAGGCCUUACAGGUCUAAAUUGAGUCUCACUAUUUAUAGCAAAGUUGAAAUUUACUUCAAACUGGCAGCAUUGCUUGAAUGCAAAGCAUUGAUGAUAUUUAUAAGGAAUUCUGACAGUUUGAAAUGAGCCUUACUGCUCACAGCUAAAGUGAGAUUCACUUCACAAUGGCAGCAUAGAUUCAAUGCUAAACAUUGAUGCUAUUCAUGAUAAAUGCUGACAGAGUGAAGUAAAACUUACUGUAGUGGCAUGAUGUGACAGAUAUUUAUAUUUUAUAAUCCACAAUAACAGUAUUGUCGAAUGCUUGAGGCUUCUCUUUCCUAGUCGACUGAAACGGAACGGAAACUAAAAUCUAUAGGGCCAAACUUCAUAAGAAUACUAGGUAAUCUAGUAGUUUUGUCUUCAAUAUGAGUUUUCGUUGUGUUAUCGCUUACUAGGAAAGCGUCGCCUCACAAAGGCUGCAGAAUGUAUAUCUCAAUUACCGUAUGUAUUAUUAUAUUAUUUAAUUGUAUUUAUUGGAUUUUCUGUUUCUCAACAUUCUAGAGAAUAGGCUACUGAAUCCACGAAUUAUUUAUUGGUGGAAAAUUGAGAUGUAUUUUGGUCAUAAUUAUAUUAUGAUUAAAGUGUUUUGUACAAUAAACGAAUAAAUAUAGAAAUACAAAUAAAAUACAUUUUGAGGUUGAUUGAUUGGAGAAUUGAAAUAAGUUGAACUUCAAUUGAUCUAAUUUUCUUUUAAAUUUGACAUUAUACUGCAGUUAUAAAAGAAUAUUACUAUGCAACCUGAACAUUAGUAUUUCUACUCUUUAAAAAAAGUAUGUUACUCAAUACGCAUUUCAAUUUGUUACAUAGCAAGUGAUCAAUCACUUACUAUUGUGAUUUGUGAGAGCUUGAAUUACGUAUUUAAUGUGGUUCAAAUUGGUGAUUUUUUCAAAAUAAUCCUAUAUUUUCAAUAGAAAAAGAUCAAACAAUUUUAUUUUUUCAAUAAGAUAAGAUAUUGUUUCUGCGCUAAGUUGAGAUCAAAUGUAUUCCCUGCAAGAAGCCAUUUAAUUACUGUAGUAUUAUUCUACUCAUGUUCUGCCGCAUUGCUAACCUCUAAUUGCAGUACUGUGCACAAAAGUUGUCCCUUGAAUAUUCUACUGAUAGAGUAAAAUUAUAUGGAGAUAGCAUAGACUUUGCAAUUCAUAUCAAACUCAAUCUCACCCCGAAAACUCUACUGUGGCAUCUCAAUUUUCUAUCCAAAUUGGCACAGCAUAUGAUGCCCGUCCACCAUUUUAUAUAGUAUAAUUUUGGAGUAUUUUAUUACCCAACUAUAUUAACGGCAUUUGAGUGACUAUUUAUUCAUUAAGCUACAUCAAACAUCAUCACAUUAGAAAAAAAUGUUUCAAAUUCUCUGGUUAAGCAGUUGGAAUAUUGUAGAUGGAUAGAGGACUUGACCAGUAGCUCAUUCUUAGAUGGUACUUCAGUACUAGAAAGGUACAAAUUAGAGCAAAUAUAAAAAUGUAAAUAACGAUAGUCAAGGAUAUUGUAAUAAUUGUUAUUAUCAGAUAAUAACAUAAGGCAUACUACAUUUAAAAAUGGGAUUUUUCCAUUCAAUCAAUUGUAUGGAGAUUCCACAUUGAAUGCAGUCUUUUCGUGAUAGGUCUCUUGAGUAGUCAUAGAUCACCCAAACGCAUAAUUUUGAAAAUCUACCAAUCUUUAAAAAAAAUCAAGUUCUGUAAUUAUAAUCAUUGAGAGAACAAGAGAGAUUGUAAUUAAAUAUCAGAUCAAACUGAAUUUAAACAAAUAGAAUUUUAAUAUUUACAAGUACAUAGACACCUAGGCUAAAUACGAAAAAACCAGAAAUAUUAUAUAUUAUAUUACAUAAUAUCCACAAAAAAUGAAUAAAUGGUUUUCAAAUCUGACUUGCUGAGCUUGAGAGCUAAUGGAACCAAUUACUAAAUUGAAAUUUAAUUUAAAAAUUUGGUGAUAAAAACCAAAACUUAUUAAUAUAAUUUGUUUUGUAGUUUGAACUCAAAUAUUGAACUAAAGUUUCCAUUUUAAGUUCUAUCUAUUAUUUGAUCAAAAACAAAAAUAAUGUUUAUGUAUAUAUUGAAAAUCAAAAAGUUUUGUAACGUGAACCCAGAAUUCUAGUAUUGAGCGUGAAUUUUAUAAUAUAUAACAAUUGCUGCAAUUAUUGAUCACACAUUUUAGUUUCAGUUGUAUUUGCAAACAGAAAGUAAACGAUUAUUCCAUUUUAAUUGAUUUUCAAACGAUUAUGACGUAUCAGAAGAGACUGAAUAAAUAGUUGAAUAUUGUUUUUUGUAAACAUAUAUAGUCAUAGUUGAAUUUUUAAGUAUCAAAUAAUAGUAAUUAUUGUUUUAUUGUAAUUGAAUUGCCAUAAUUUGUGUAUAAUAAGGUCUUGUCUUGUGUACAUACAUUAUAUUAUAUUAUAAAUUACAUAUUA